UUGGUGCGCCUUUCCUUUUGUUAUUCUUGUAGAGUGGGCAAAACGUUCGCCGCCGCGCCACUUUCUUCUCUUCAGUCCUAAAACCCUUCCCAACCUUGCCGCCGCCGACAUCCCUUGUUCCUUACCGCCGAAACCUCGCCCAGCGACCUGCCUCCUGCACCUGGUAAAACCUACGAACUUAUUCGAAUUGAACCGACUUGCACCGAUAAUCUAAACUAGCAUUCUAAGACUGCAAUAUCCUUUCGCUCAGCUGUCUAGAUGGAGUUUGUGAGCCCUGAAGGACUUCGCUUGGACGGUCGUCGUCCCAUGGAGAUGAGGCAAAUCCGAGCAGAAAUUGGCGCCGUUUCUAAAGCAGAUGGUUCUGCUUUAUUUGAGAUGGGUAACACCAAAGUUCUUGCUGCUGUAUAUGGUCCAAGAGAGGUUCAGAAUAGGAGUCAACAAAUGAGCAACCAAGCACUGGUGCGUUGCGAGUACACCAUGGCUAAUUUCAGUACUGGAGAUCGCAUGAGAAAACCCAAGGGUGACAGGCGAUCGACAGAGAUAUCUUUAGUCAUUCGCCAGACAAUGGAGGAAUGCAUUCUAACACAUUUAAUGCCUCGAUCUCAGAUAGAUAUUUUUGUUCAAGUUCUUCAAGCAGAUGGAGGUACCAGAUCAGCAUGUAUUAACGCUGCAACUUUGGCACUUGCUGAUGCUGGAAUUCCCAUGCGAGAUAUUGUUACUUCCUGCAGUGCUGGAUACCUUAAUAGCACUCCUCUGCUAGAUUUGAAUUAUGUAGAAGAUAGUGCUGGUGGCCCUGAUGUCACUGUUGGCUUUCUACCUAAGUUGGAUAAAGUCACUCUUCUUCAGAUGGAUUCUAAAUUACCUGUUGAUAUAUUUGAGAAUGUCAUGCAACUUGCAAUCGAGGGCUGCAAAGCCGUAGCUAAUUACAUUCGAGAGGUAAUGUUAGAGAGUACCAAAAAGCUCGAAUAUUGCCGUGGAGCAUAGCCGAACCGGUUUUCAGGCAUUCUUACACAAAGGAAGGACUCUUCAGGUGUGUUCUAACUUCAGUAAUGGACUGGAGAACUUUUCAGAAAAGAUGUCAUGUUAAGUUGGUCCCAUCUUCCAGUUUGUUGAAUUAAUCUCUUGCCCUGAUGUACAGAAGGUGUUUAGUUUUUAGCUAUAUUUAACAAAUCAAAAGCCUUCUUUAAUUAUUGCCCACAAAAUUUAUAUGAAGGGACCUUGAACAAGAAGAUAAAACAAUUGAUGCUGUAAUGAUCUUCUUAUUAUUAUAAACUGCAUUAUUAGUACCGAA